UUAGCCUGCAAAGUCCUAGAGGUGUGUUCCUAAUCUAGUUUAUUCAAUUUGCAAAUUGAAGCAAUUGUGAUAUCUAAAUUGUCAUUAUGGCAAGGUUUGAAGCCAAUCCAAAAUAAGUAACUCGCCAUAGAUGCCUUUUUUUCUUCCCUAUAUUUAUUCCCACUAUAUGAAUUUUUAAACCUUUUUGCUUUUGCUUUUUUCGUAAAGGAAUGAAAUCAUUAUUUUAUUCAUAAAAUGAUAAAAGUAAACAGUUCACACUAAUCUAAAAAUGACCAGUAUAUCCCAUUACUCACCUUUAUAUCUUCUUUUAAGAAGAUUUAUUCAUCCCUAGGAGGGUCCUCCUUUAUAUUAUUUUACUUUUAUAUAUACUUUUUUUUUAUAAUCUUUAUUUACCAAUCUUGGACCAACGGUUCAGAUCCACUUUUAUCAUCAUCAUUUUUUAAUUAUUAAAAAAACAUUUAAACGUGACAACAUUUAUUUUCUAUUUCUUUGGAAAUCACGAGAGUAUAAGUUUAUAUUACUUUGAUAAGGAGGAAUCCAUGUCACUUUGUCAAAGAAAACUUUGUCUGUCCACAUGAGAGCAAUUAUCGGAAAAGGGUCUAAUAAAUUUUAAAAUUAAUUUUAAAAAUAAUUUUAAACUCAAACACUUAUCCUAUUAAUAUAAAAAAUUCAUGAUUAAAAAUGGAUUACCAUUUUUGUAUUCUAAGAUUAUGUUUUUCGAAAUUUAUUAUUAAGUAAAUACAUUUGAAUUCAAACAAGACUUGAAAAGCCCGCUGUCUCCAUUCUCUCUUUGAAUGGGACUUCUUAACUUCAAAUACAUUUUCCAGCAAUCGGGAACCCGCCGUGUUAAGAUUGCAUUAACAAGUUUUCUUUCUGAAGAGUAGCUCAAAAAUGGCAGAAGGCACUGUUACCUUCUUUGCGGAGAAGUUGAGCAACUUGAUUUUACAGGAAGCUUCUGUAUUUGGGCAAGUAGAAGGUCAGAUAAAGCUGCUGCGCAACGAGCUCGAGUGGAUGCGCCUCUUCCUGAAGGAUGCGGAUUCAAAGCGCAUAUACGACGAAAGAAUCAAGCUGUGGGUGAAUCAGAUUAGAAACGCAACCCAUGAUGCUGAAGAUGUCAUCGACGAAUUCAUCCUCAACAUGGAUCAUCGCCAGCGAAGACUCAACACCCUCAAGUUCCUCAAGUGCCUACCUGCUUGCGUAGGAUUCGCCGACAAGUUACCCUUCAUCCACGAGCUUGACAGUCGUGUGAAAGAUAUAAAUGUGAUGAUUGGAGCGAUUAUGGCUAAUAGAUCCAAGUAUGGUCUUGGAGAUCUAGUGGCUUCCAGCUCAUCCACGACUGAUCAGGUUGCGGCGCACAAGGAGAAGCGGCCCCCAGUUGUUGAAGAGAGCGAUGUAGUGGGGAUCGAAGAUGGCAUCGAAGAGGUGAAGCAGAUGCUGAUGAAGGAAGAGACGCGGAGAUCAGUGGUGUCCAUCGUGGGGAUGGGCGGCCUAGGCAAGACAACUUUCGCCAAGAAAGUUUAUAAUCAAAGGGAUGUCCAACAACACUUUGAUUGUAAAGCUUGGGUUUAUGUGUCUCAAGAGUUCAGAGCAAGAGAAAUUUUGCUCGAUAUUGCCAAUCAUUUUAUGUCUCUCAGUGAAAAAGAAAAAGAGAUGAGAGAGAGUGAGCUUGGCGAGAAGCUUUGUGAAUACCUGAAGGAGAAGAAGUACUUGAUAGUCAUGGAUGAUGUAUGGAGCAGUGAAGUUUGGAGUCGCUUGCGCUCACAUCUUCCUGAGGCCAAGGAUGGGAGCAAAGUUUUGAUCACUACUCGUAAUAAAGAAAUCGCUCUGCAGGCCACUUCACAAGCAUUUAUCUAUGAACUUCGUCUCAUGAAUGAUGAUGAGAGUUGGCAGCUUUUUCUCAAAAAAACUUUUCAAGGAACAAGCACACCUCAUACUCUAAGUAGGGAGUUAGAGGAACCGGGAAAGAAAAUUGUGGCAAAAUGCAAAGGUUUGCCUCUUGCGGUUGUGGUCUUAGGAGGCUUACUGUCCACAAAAGAGAAGACAAAACCAUCAUGGGAGAAAGUGCUUGCAAGUAUUGAGUGGUAUCUGGAUCAAGGCCCUGAAUCGUGCAUGGGAAUUCUUGCUUUAAGUUACAAUGACUUGCCCUAUUACUUGAAGUCUUGUUUUCUUUAUUGUGGGAUUUUUCCAGAGGAUUCUGAGAUUAAGGCAAGUAAGUUGAUCCGUUUGUGGCUGGCUGAAGGCUUUAUACAGAGAAGGGGAAAAGAAACACUGGAAGACAUAGCCGAAGACUACAUGCACGAGUUGAUCCAUAGAAGUUUGAUUCAAGUGGCUAAACGAAGGGUAGAUGGAGAAGUGGAGUCUUGUCGCAUGCAUGAUCUCCUUCGAGACCUUGCUGUUUUAGAGGCCAAGGAUGCAAAUUUUUUUGAGGUACAUGAAAACAUUGAUUUCACAUUCCCUAUUAGUGUUCGUCGGCUUGUCAUUCAUCAAAAUCUCAUGAAGAAGAACAUUUCUCAAUGCUUGCAUAAUUCACAACUCAGAUCUUUGGUUUCAUUUAGUGAAACUAAAGGAAAAAAAAGUUGGAGAUAUUUACAAGAGCAUAUUAAAUUACUUACUGUUUUGGAGCUAGGAAAUACAAAUAUGCUUCCAAGGGAUAUAGGAGAAUUCAUUCACUUGAAAUGCUUGUGCAUAAAUGGAUAUGGUAGAGUAACGCUUCCAUCGUCCAUUUGUAGACUGGUUAAUCUGCAGAGUCUUGACUUAGGAGAUCAGUAUGGCAGUAUACCAUAUUCAAUUUGGAAAUUGCAGCAAUUGAGACAUCUAAAUUGUUGGAAUUGCAAGAUUUCUGGCCAAUCCAAAACAAGCAAGUGUGUGAAUGGUUAUUUGGGUGUGGAACAACUCACUAACCUUCAAACAUUAGCCUUAACGGGGGGAGUUGGUUGGAGGGAGAUGGCCUAGGAAAAUUAACCCAACUUAGGAAAUUGCGAUUAGGUGGGUUGUUUACUCCCUAUCUGAAGAAGGGGUUUUUUGAGUCCAUUACUAAAUUAACUGCUCUUCAAACCUUGGCUUUGAGCAUUGAAAAGUAUUCAAAGAAAAGAUUGUUAAAUCAUCUUGGAUUAGAGUGGCAGAAGAAUGUCAUUGAGGAGAAAACAUUAUUCCCAGGACUUGAGCCUUUCUCAUGCCACGCCUAUCUUUAUGAACUAUGUUUGGUAGGGAAGUUGGAAAAAUUACCGGAGCAAUUUGAAUUUUACCCUCCAAACCUCCUUCAACUCGAUUUGUGGAAAUGUGAGUUAAGAGAUGAUCCAAUGAUGAUUCUAGAGAAGUUGCCAUCAUUGAGAAUGCUUGGAUUAUAUUUUGAUGCUUAUGUUGGAAUAAAAAUGAUAUGUUCUUCUGGAGGGUUCCUUCAACUUGAAAGAUUAUCAUUGGUCGAAUUAAAGAAAUUGGAGGAACUGACAGUAGGGGAAGGAGCAAUGAGUAGUCUGAAAACCCUACAAAUUUUGAAUUGUAAUGAAAUGAAAAAGCUUCCUCAUGGAUUGUUACAAUUGACAAAUCUUGAGAAACUAUCAUUGCUAGGGUCAUGCCACGAAUCAAUUGAAGAGAUUGAAAAGGCCGGGGGAGAAGAUUGGAAUAAGCUUCGUAAAAUCAUGUGCUAAAGCUUAUUUUAAGCUUAAAGAAGCUUAGACAUGUCAAUUACCAUAUUCCUAAAAGGCCGGGGGGCAACUUCAGCUGUGUCUACAAAGAAGGCCUUCCUUGGUUUCAUGUUUUGGAAUUUGCCACCCACAUUCUCACAAGUACCGGAGAGAUGAAGGCCAUGUGUCGUGGUUGCUCGUUCUCAAGUAUGUUUGUUUUUAAUUUCUUUUUUGUUCCUACUUUGCAGUAGUUUUCAAAUUUGUAUAUUUUUCUUGUUUUUAAUUUUUGAAGUGAUGAAAUUUCAUAAGUUUGUCUUGAAAUGAAAUGAUUUAUGGAUAUUGAAUCUCAA